UCGUUUCUUCCUGCCUUGGGUCGGUUCCCCUGACGGCCCGGUACCGGAGUAACGAGCCGGGACCUAACGAGCCGGGACCUAACGAGCGAGGCGUCGGGUCGCUCUCAGGGUGUGAAGAAAGUGUUUCUGAUUUUUAGCUUCUUCUUUUUUUAUCGCCGCGGAAGAUAAGAGGAAGUAAAGCAGGAGGAAAUUCACUCAAAUCUGUUUGUUCUGCUUUGCUUUGGGUCUGUCGUAACCCGGCGCCGGGGGGGAAACCAGAACCCUUCGUCUCUCUGAGCUGCGUCAGCUCACGUGGAGCGCGCCUCCUCCCUGUCCGGCCUCCGCCAUGUCUCCACCCGUCCGCUCCUGCUGACGGAGCCACCGACUCGCCGCGGCCAGAGGAGCGCUGGGAAUGAGCGCUCCGUCCAGGAGGCGGCGCUGCUGAGACCCGAUCCGCCCGCGGAGAUCGAGCUUCCGCCGGCGCCGCCAUGGACGAGUUCUCCACCCGGACGUACGGCACCAGCGGCCUGGACAACAGACCUCUGUUUGGAGAGACGUCGGCUCGGGAUCGGAUCGUCAACAUGGUGGUGGGAGGCUUUACGUCUCUGGUGGUUCUGGUGACGGUGAUCGGCUCGUUCCUGUUCCCCUCGCUGCCGCCGCGGCCGCUCAACAUCUUCUUCGCUGCCUGCAUCCUGCUGGCGUGCGGCUCCACCGUAGUGCUGAUAUUCUGGUACCGACAGGGCGACCUGGAGCCCAAGUUCAGGAAGCUGAUCUACUACAUGCUGGCCACCAUCGUGCUGCUGUGUUUAUGUGCCAACCUUUACUUCUUCGACGUCAGGUAGAGGAGGAGGAGGAGGGGACGGCACGGCGGACCGACCAAAAACAGACUAGUUUACACGGAGAGGCUGGCUGGGACCAAAGGUUUGUCAUUUCCUGGUGAGAAUGUGCUCUGAGGGGAACGCCAUAACUCAGCCUGGAGGACAAACCGGACCCAAACGAGCUCGUUAACACGCAGACGGACGAUAACCAGGAUCGACGAGGAGAAAUCUGCCGUUUUGUCUGCCUACAUCCAUGUUUCUGUGAUCGUUUGUGUUUCAGACAGGCUGAGUCAUCCGGCCUGGAUUAUCACCCCGCAGGCAGGGCGACAGCCUAAUCUCCUGGGAAUAAAGGACCUGAACUAAGAUAGACCUCCACCGGGGGGCGCCGGAGAGUCCAGCUGGAAUGAAAGAUGCUGAAUAAAAUCGGUUGUUUUUGUCUAAAAAAAAAAAAAAAAAAAGUGAUAAAGAAUUGAAGUUGACGUUGAAUCGGGUUUUGCUGCAGUGAGUUAAAGUGAAAGCAGAUUCAGAUUCGUUCCUCUCUGCUGCAGGAAGCCCCACCGGGUCGCCAUCUUUGUUGGUUUGAAGUUAAAACUGGAAACCUCAGAUCAGCUGCCGGCUGUCUCUUCAGGAGGCUAAAAAUAGAAGGAUGACUCUAAAUAUGGCCAUAAAUGACUUUAAACCAGUGUCUGCUAAGUUUUACAGCCUUUUUUUUUUUCUCAGUGGUGGUGCGUUCAGGGGAGGCUCUCUGGUCAGGAAAUCUCACUUUUGUCUGAAGCUUCUUUUAGUCUCCUGGUUUUAACGGGUUUUCCUGCUGUAGUCUGGACCAAAUGCAGCACAUCGGCGACUCACAGCGUUGUUAGCUUUUUAGAUUCAUUAACUUUUAGUUUGUGCAGACGCCGGCUUCAACGUCAGACACCGAAAAAAAAAAAAAAGAUUUGCACCGUUAACCUGCUGGUCUUUAAAUCUGAGCGGCACUCGUAGCUCUGACUGUUAAUUUCUAAAGUAAAAGCUGCAGCCGGGCCUCAGAUCUAAAGCCUCGGCUUCUGCUGCAGGGCCUUAAAGCUGGGAGCUAAAAAUCACAUCGUUUAGAAACUGAAAUCAUGUUCCUGUCAUUAAUUAUGACCAAAGACUGUUAACAAUUCAGUUGUUUUAUUUCCUGGAUGUUGCAACCGACUGUUAGACAAAAAAAAAAAAAAAGACAAAGUUUACCAAUUUUUAAUAAACGCAGUCUGGUCAGGA